AUGAUACCGGCCCACCUCUUAGCCUGGGAGAGGUGCGAGAGAUAUAAGCGGAGACACGAGCCAGACGCAGCAAGGGCAACGUCAGAGAUCCGUUCAGAGACAUUGAGGAAAUGGCAGACAGAGUGGGCAAACGAGAGCAAUGGAGGAUGGACAAGGAGGUUGAUCCAAGACAUCAACUUGUGGAGGGGCAGGAAACAUGGGUUAUUGGAUUUCCACAUCACGCAACUGCUGUCCAAUCAUGGAUGCUUUGGUGAAUACCUCCACAGGAUCGGGAAGCUGGACACGGCAGCAUGUGUGGAUUGUCAAGAACAAGUUGAUGAUGCGGAACAUGUCUUCUUCGUCUGCGGCAGAUGGUGGAAACAACGCAGGGCGCUGGAGGUGGAGGUGGAAGAGGACGUGUCCCCCGAUAACAUCGUGAGUAUCAUGGUGGAGAAACGGAGCAAUUGGGAAGCAGUUGUCAGAUUCGUCAACCUCGUCCAGUCCACAAGGGAGCACGAGGAAAGGGUGCGACAGCGACUUAGGGUAGAAUGA